ACGUGCGGGCACUAAGACCGCAAGGCAUUCGUUUCCUCCUACUGUGGAUGCGGACGCCCGGAGGAGGAGAGUCCCAGAGCGAGGAGCUGGGAGCGGAGGCACAGAGAACACGUAGCGACUCCGAAGAUCAGCCCCAAUGAACAUGUCAGUGUUGACUUUACAAGAAUAUGAAUUCGAAAAGCAGUUCAACGAGAAUGAAGCCAUCCAAUGGAUGCAGGAAAACUGGAAGAAAUCUUUCCUGUUUUCCGCUCUGUAUGCUGCCUUUAUCUUCGGUGGUCGGCACCUAAUGAACAAACGGGCGAAGUUUGAACUGAGGAAGCCAUUAGUGCUCUGGUCUCUGACCCUUGCAGUCUUCAGUAUAUUCGGUGCUCUUCGAACUGGUGCUUAUAUGGUGUACAUUUUGAUGACCAAAGGCCUGAAGCAUUCAGUUUGUGACCAGGGUUUUUACAAUGGACCUGUCAGCAAAUUCUGGGCUUAUGCAUUUGUGCUAAGCAAAGCACCCGAACUAGGAGAUACAAUAUUCAUCAUUCUGAGGAAGCAGAAGCUGAUCUUCCUGCACUGGUACCACCACAUCACUGUGCUCCUGUACUCCUGGUACUCCUACAAGGACAUGGUUGCCGGGGGUGGUUGGUUCAUGACUAUGAACUAUGGCGUGCACUCCGUGAUGUACUCUUAUUAUGCCUUGCGAGCAGCGGGUUUCCGAGUCUCCCGGAAGUUUGCCAUGUUCAUCACCUUGUCCCAGAUCACUCAGAUGCUGAUGGGCUGUGUCGUUAACUACCUGGUCUUCCACUGGAUGCAGCAUGACCAGUGUCACUCUCACUUUCAGAACAUCUUCUGGUCCUCACUCAUGUACCUCAGCUAUCUUGUGCUCUUCUGCCACUUCUUCUUUGAGGCCUACAUUGGCAAGAUGAGGAAAACAAUGAAGGCUGACUAGUGUCGGAACUGAGGAGGAAGCCAUAGCUCAGGGUCAUCAAGAAAAAUAAUAGACAAAAGAAAAUGGCACAAGGAAUCACAUAUGGUGCAGCUAAAACAAAACAAGACAUGAGAAAAUACACAACCCAAAGCAGCUUAGGGAUAAUUAGGUUGAAUUAACCCAGUAAGUUUAUGAUCCUUUUUGGGUGAGGACUCACUGAGUACACCUUCAUCUCAAAGGACUGCUGCUGGAAGACCCCAUUCCCUCUUUAUCUGUCAACUCUAGGACAAAUGAGAACAAAAGUGGGCCAGAGGCAGAGAGAGAGAGAAAGAGAAGGCAAACAAAAGCUAUUAACAGUAUAUGAAAAAAAAAUGUAUUUACUAAGUGUUAUAUUUCUCUAAGGAUCAAAGAAGUUUACUUAAAAAACUGUGCAAACCCAUACACAAAAUCCUUUCUAAUCUUUUUUGACAGUAAACUGGAGCCAACAGAAAAGAUAAAAAUGGAAGAGACACAGGGUGUAUAUCUAGAACAAUAAUGCUUUUGCAAAAAUGAAAGCCUUUUUAAGAAAGGUUGGCAGUUGUAGCCCCCAUGAGAAAAGAUGUCUUAAUCACCUCCUGAGAAAAUGGAUAUAAACAACUAUAUUUCAACUAAGAGAAAGGCUUGUUUCCCUUCAUCGCACAGCCUCAGUCUAGUGAGUGAGUUUGCCAAAACCAAAUGGGGCACAAUAUUUUUCCAGGGUUUUUCCUGGGAGGAAGGAAAUAAUGCAGCCCACUUCCUAAAAGGGCAGCCCCAUCUCAGAGCAUUUCUGAUAGUUUAAUUUCUACCCCUAAAUGAGGUAGGAAGCAUUAUCCUUUGUUCUGUUGCCUCAGGCUUUCAAACAGAGGAGUAAAUACAGAAUAAAAAAGAUACAACUCAAUCAAAUGAUUUGAAAAAUCGACUCUACUACCUGUAAAAAGGUGCAGCACUGUACCGUUCUUGAGCUGGGAAAGAGAAAAAGACAGUGGGAAAGGAGUGAGCCGAAGAUCAAUAUAAUAGACAAUAAGUAUACCCCUCCCUCGGUGACUUCACACAUAUUCAUAACUUUCAAAUGAAACCCUGUGGUACAGUCCAUAUUUUCUAUAUUUUUGUGAAUUUCAAACAACCUGCAGGGCUCUUGAUCUUGGGUAAACACUGUGUUUCUGCAUCAUCUGCAUUUGCUCCCAAAGGCAAUGCAGAGGUGUUUAAAGUGCCCUCUGCUGGUCGAGUGGAGAUACGUUGACAAACAAACACACUUCAUGGCAAGUUUGGCUGGAACAGUUGACAACAAAGGGCCCCUUAUAGACUUAUUCUUCAAAUUUUAAAUGAUAUAAAAUACUCACCAUAUUUUUGGCCAAAUCAGAAGACAUUCUUCCUGCUUCAAGUCAGCUUCAGAAAUUUUUUUAAAAGGGACUUUUGCUCUGGAACUCAGAAAAUCAAUUUAUUAAGAGCCAUAUUCUUAAAAAAAAAAAAAAAAGCUAGAUAAUAUAAUAUCUGUAAUAUUUCAGUCCUUUUCAAGCCAAAUAAAUGUGUAAACAUUCCUAGUAUUUCAAA